UCGAAUUAGCAGAGGUCCCAAUUCCUGUGCCCCCUACCCCCCCCUCAGGAGGUUGCCUCUGCCUUCACCCUUCUGGGGCAGGAGAGGGCAUCUGUGCACGUCUGUAAAGGGAACGGGGGUACGAACUACAUCUUCGUGCCAGGAGGACCAGUACGGGCAUACCUGUAGCUCCCAAGGUCCCAUUGGGUUUGAGGACAACUUUUCACCUUUUUAGAGGAAAAGAUGUGCUGGAAGACGCUGCUGCUUCUGCUGUUGUGUUACGAUGCCCAGGCUACUGUGUCCCACAGGUGGAACAGGGCCGUGCUGUUUCCUGCUGCCCAUCGGCCAAAGAGAUCCUCAUCAAUGCCCUUGAACCCCGUCCUGCAGAACUCCCUGGAGGAAGUUGAACUGCUCUAUGAGUUCCUGCUAGCUGAACUUGACAUCAGCCCUGACCUGCAGAUCUCCAUCAAGGACGAGGAGCUCGCCUCCCUGAGGAAGGCCUCUGACUUCCACAUUAUCUGCAAUCACGUGAUCCCCAAGCGCAUCCCAGACAUCCGCCGGCUGAGUAUCAGCCUCUCCAACCACCCUGGCAUCCUCAAGAAAGAGGACUUUGAAAGGACAGCGCUGACCCUGGCCUACACGGCCUACCGCACAGCCCUGUCCCAAGGGCAUCAGAAGGACAUCUGGGCCCAGUCCCUCCGUAGCCUCUUCCGGGCCCUGCAGCACGACUUGAUGCGGUCCUCAGGCCCCAGAGUAUCUCCCUGAGAGACUGGCCGGCACCAGGACCACGGACCAGGGACCGACACACACAGUAAUCCAAAUACUCUUCCUUCUCUACUCCGUUUACAGAGCCCAGCAACAAAGCACAUGCCACCAACUCAGAGUAGCAGAGGUAAAAUAAGGACACCGUCAUGUUCUUUGCCCCUUAUAGAUUCCUGACAAGCUCGUCUGAUUCAUGUCACAGUGUGACCUGGGCUGGAAGAAAGGGCUAGAGUGGUAAUUUCGAGAUGCCUCCGAAGGCCCCAUGAUUUGCCUGGCGACAUGUAGAAGUCUCAGCCAUGCUUCAACACCGAGUGACUGCCACCAACACCCAUGGGCGAGCACAGAGCUAGAGGAGAAAACACAGAGGUUUGGGCAUGGCGG